AUGGCCGCCUUCUCUCGGUCUUGUAACAUGACAUCUUUUUGCAGAAAAUGCGCGGGCAUAGCCAGAAGAUCUUGGCUUCGAUCUCCGCAGGUAUAUUUUAUACUUGGAUAUUUAUUUUAUGGCUGUAUUUACCAAACUUAAAUGGCGAGGCAGCGUGGAAAUAUCCAAAAGUUGGAAUUCUUGAAUGGAAAGUGCAGAAAUUGUGUGCGUGCGUGGCAAACUAGGAUCUUGUUGACAAGCGGUAAAAAAAUUUUGCGUAAACAAGAGGCAGUUACUUCCAAUUUGUCGAUUUGCAGCUAAAAUGCAAUAUAUCCUGCCACUUCGAAGGUAAAAUGUACUCCUUAAGUUGCAGGGUGACGUUUUUGAUUGAAAUUUCGACGUCUUCUUUUUGAGGAGCUGGGGAUGCCUAACCCUCAAUCAAGAAAAAGGGGGCGUGAAGGGGGUGGAGGGCGCGGUUCAUCAUGUUCCUUUGAUUUUUUUUUUUCAAACACUUUCGAACAAAAACAGCUGCUCUUCACUGGCUUGCCAUUUUUGAGGAUUUUCAUCAACUACACAUGAUAAUGUGAUGAAAAAGAUCAGCUGAUUAGAAAUUUGCUGUCAAAUGUCACAUGAUUUGUCAUUCUUUGAAGUCCAACAAGCCAUUUUUUAUAUACCGUAAAUGCUUGAAUUAGCGCCCAGCUCCAAAUAAGCGCCCCUCCUAAGGCUCAAAAUUUGUAAUAAGCGCCCCCCUUCAAAUAAGUGCCCCCACCCCUCCCCCGAGAAAAAAUGAGUUUCAGUACUCAGUAUGAUAUACGACACGUAUACGGUCUAUACGGUUCUUUUAAUGAAAUGUGAUAUUGUUAAAUAGUAUAAACUGUAAUGUCCUUUCAAAGUCGCACGGGUUUGCUUCUCAUUUCCUUGAUAGAAAUAUCCAUGUGAGCACAUAACUGCUUCACUUUAUUAAGUUCCUCGUAAAACUUUGCUCCCAAUCAUCGGCUCCUUAUUACUGCCUUAAAAGUUCCUGGAAUUAUGAGCCCAUUUUCGGUAAAGAUAGGGUCAUUUUGAGGCUAAAAAUUGAUAAACGAAACUAGCGCCCCCCUUCAAAUUAGCACCCCCCUCUCGCCUUAGAAAAUUGAAUAAGCGCCCAGGGCGCUAAUUCGAGCAUUUAUGGUAAUUAGAUGUAGUCUGUGAACAUGGCAUAAUAAUGCUGAAUAAUUAGGGUAUGCUAAUUAUACAGCUGUACAUGAAAGUGAAGAAUGAUCAUUGCAGUAAAUUUUUCAAUUUAAGCAAUUGGAAAGAAGAAGCUUGAAAAAAAAAAAAAAAAUUCAGGGCUUCAACGGGAUUCGAACCGUGACCUCUGCGUUAAAAAAAAAAAAAAAAAAUUCAGGGCUUCAACGGGAUUCGAACCGUGACCUCUGCGUUGCCGGUGCGUUGCUCUACCAACUGAGCUAUGAAGCCACACAUUGGGAGCGAGGGCAAUUUAUUGAGUUCGCCAUGUUCCUUUGAUUUUUUUUUUCAAACACUUUCUCAACACUGUACAUGUUGAGAUUUGUUUGAACUCAAGAAAAUUGCAUUUGCAGUGAUUAUAGUACAUGACUGUUCCUUUUGAUGUGCUGUUUAUGUCUGUGACUACAGGGGAAAAAAAAAUCAUUAUUUGUCUAUAACCAUGUCAUGAAGCAAGGCAUCUAAAUUUUGUCCAGUAAAGCCCUUCUCUCAAGUGGAAACUUUAUUACCUCUCUGGCUAGGGAAGUAAGAUCAAGUAAGGUUUCUGGGAAACUGCCCACCUACCCCUCCCCUAAGCUAACAUUAAUGCUUACUUCUCUCUUAGGGCAAAAUUGUGACUUAAAGGAGGGGUAGGUGGUCAGUUACCUAGAAACCUCAAUAAAUGAUCCUGGAAAGAUGUAUCUAUGUACACUAGGCUUUCUGCGUAUUAUUAAUUUUUUGUGCAGGUUGGAGCUUCAAGUGUUGUGCCUGUGAGGUGGUUGAACCUUCAAGAAUUCCAGAGCAAGAAAUUAAUGGCCGAUAAUGGUCUCCAUGUGCAGAGAUUCAAAGUUGCAGAAAAUGCAAAAGAAGCUGUAGAAAUUGCCAAGGAAUUAAGUGAGUGAAAAGUUUUUUUUAUAUAUAUAUGUAAUUUUGUGUUUUUUGCAACAAUAACAAUGUAACUCGUGAAAGUGAAUAAGCUGCCCAUCCAGAAGGACAGGCUAGAAGACAAAUUUGUUUUGAGCUGUGUGACAUUGUUUAUUUUUAUUCUCAUUAGAUGCAAAAGAGUUUGUUCUUAAGGCACAAAUCCUGGCUGGUGGAAGAGGAAAAGGAAAGUUUACAAGCGGUCUGCAGGGUGGUGUUCAUUUGACAACAGAGUAAGUAAUAACAGUUACUGCAAAAGUCAGUCACACAGGCACUGUGCAAGAUGCAUGUAGAUUAAUUUCUAUUAAAAAGAAGCAAGUGACAUCAAUUUUCUCCCAACAAUAUUAAAACCUUAUCAAGGGAAAAGCCUGGUUACAAAAGUUAAUACAGUAAAUGAUUGGCAAAGAGGAAAUGCUUUGAUCAUUUGUCCAAUUCUCCUGAUUAGUUCUUUAACGAAAUAAAAUUACAUGGAAAUCAGUUGGGAGAAAUUGUCUUUGGAUGUUGGGGCUUGAAUAUGCUGGUGAAACAAAGAGUGGAAUUGACACUGGAUUUGAAGUGAUUAAAGAUCCUCAUUUCAUGCACCUUAAAUGUUUAUACAUUUUUUAUAGUAAUCAUCUUAACCGUAGUAAAUUCUUAAGAACUGAUAGUUAAUGUACAUGUAAUGUUAUGUUUAUUUUCAACUGUUUUUUUUUAGUCCAAACAAAGUUGGUGAACUAACAGAACAGAUGGUAGGCUAUAAUUUAAUCACAAAACAAACACCUGAAGAUGGAGUCCUGGUGAACAAGGUGAAUGAAUUAAAUUAAAUAUUUGUUUUUCUUCGUUGUUUCAAGCAGUCAAGUCAGUCAAGUGUAAGAGGAGGUAAGCUUGUUAAGGAUAUACGAAUAUAUUGGAUCAAAAAAGAAACAAGAAAUUGAAUUUGGCAUUUCUGUGAUGUGAAGAAUUUUGCAGAUCUCAGAGGCUGCUAUCUACCUCAGCUGAUAACAUUUUCCUUGAUCUGCUUGAUUCUUCGCAUCAUACAAAAGCUGAAUUCAAUGAUAACUAUAUCGUUAUUCAUUCAGAACAUUUCUCCAUUUGUUAUUGGCUGAAAUCCUGUGGCUAAAAUAAUAAACUUCAUAACCAGCUAGCGUUGACUAAAUUUGGAAGACAGUUGUGAUAAUAAUUGUGGAAAAUGAUGGCAAUGGUGCAGCAUUAAUGCCAGAAAAAUGGAUGGCAACCAAGAAGCCCUUGGGAUGAGGUGUUAUCCACCCAGGCCAAUUAACCAGGCUAAUCAGCUUGGAUAACACUCUCCUUGAUUUCCAUAAUGCUUCACAUCAUACUUAGCCUCAUUCAAUACAUGUAAUUGUUAAAAAUUACUGUAAAAUUCCAAAAAUAAGCCCCUCCUUGUAUAAGCCCCCCAAACUGGUAAUGCAAAAAACCCUCCAUUAAAUCGCCCCUCCAAAUAUAAGCCCCAGGGGCUUGUACUUGGAAAAUUACCCUCAAAUACAAGGCAAAAACGGUAAAUUCACUUUCAACUAUAAGACUAGCCCAAUCGAUUUUGAAAUGCAAAUUUCCCUCCGUAGAUAAGCCCCUCCAAAAAUAAGCCCCUCAAAAAGGGUCUUUGAAAGAUAUUAGCCCUGGGGCUUAUUUUUGGAAUUUUACGGUAUUCCAGGAUAGGGAUGAAAUGGUUUCUUUGCCUUACUUUGUCCAUUGUAUGACUUGUUUCUAAUUAGGUGAUGGUUGCAGAGAGUUAUGACAUUGCCCGGGAGACAUACCUUGCUAUACUGAUGGACAGAGCAUUCCAAGGGCCUGUGAUAGUCGCAAGUCCAAAAGGAGGAAUGGACAUUGAAGAAGUAGCAAAGACCACUCCUGAACAUAUACACAAGGUAAUUUUACAUGUGCGUGAAAGAGAUAUGCUACAGCCAUUGAUUAAGCGGCCAGUUAAGAUAAGAUAAUAGGGAGCUUAAUGAAUGGCCAUGAAAACAACAGCAGUGAGAAGAUCAAAAAUUAUGGUUGUAUAAGCAAAAAACAUCUUUGCACUUGUAUUAUCCUUUUUGGUACAUUUCUUUGAGAUCCAAUGCACGACUUGGAAGUGCAAUGUGAUGUUUUUGGAGAAUGUGAACACACAAUGACAAAUUUUCCUUGUCUUUUUUAAUAAAGUUACAGCAUUGGAGAAGCCAACUCCAGGAAAAUUUUCCUGCAUUUAGAAAUUUUUUAGAGCUUGAGUAAAAGCGAUAAGUUUGAUAAAAAGCAAAUUCAUUUUUAAUGCUGUUUUCGUCGCCAUUGCCCUUGUAGUUACUUAGCUGUCCAUUAAUUGUUUUAUGUUGAAGCGAGUUGUCAUGACAACAAUCCCAGGAACAGUUCCCGUGUGGGACAAGAUUUAGCCUGUAACCUAGCUCUCCAUUUGGGAGAGUCGUGAGAAGUCACGCGAAAGCUGCACGGGAAAGGAGACGUGUGUGCUUUGCCGCUUGCUUGUGCGUUCUCUUCCGGCAUGCUUCCUUGCAGGCCUGACAAAAUAUAGCUUAACACUGUACAAACAGGUUGCAGAACUUAUUUGAUUAUUUGUGUAAUCCAGUGCGAGGACAGAAUGACACUUUUUAGGACUAAACUACUUGUAAAUAAAGAACAGAACAACAAAGGAGUAGCCGGUGAAAACAGCUAGAAAUCAGCAUUAGCAUGAAGUGUACAGAUUUAUGCUAAAUCGUAAGCUUGACGAGAGUUCUUUGUAUAAUAUUUUAUUCAUUUUUGUUAUUACAUUGUCUCUUAACAGUUAGCUGUUGACAUUUUCAAAGGAAUUCCUGAUGUAGAUGCCAGAUAUCUUGCAGACAAAUUAGAAUUUAAAGGACCAAUGUUAGAACAGGUAGUAAGGAGUGUAAUGUAGAAAGUAGUGUCGAACGACUUUAGAACCUUCUAAGAAAGUUAAUACAAGGAAAUAAUGAAUGUAUGAGAUGGUUACUGGUCGUUUUGAUACAAAGUUGUUUCGAUAAAAAUCAUUUCGAUACAAGUUUAUUCAUUUGAGGUGUAAAUAGUUCCAUGUACUUGGCUUAAAGAACGAAGAUAUUCACCCAAAAUAUUUUUGUUGUUCACUUGCAAACUAUACUUGAAGUGGACAAAAUGUUUGUGCAAUUUCACUGGCAGCUUGAGUUUGUAUUGAAAUGACUUGUCUCAAAACGACAGGUUUCCUAUGAGAAUCAUGUAUAGGAACUGCGGGGUAAAGAAUUAAUUAUAAAAGAAGAACAUCGCAGUUAUGAAGGCAACUUUUGCAGCUGUGAAAAGAAAGCCUGAAAAAAAUUCAGGCUUGUAAGUUAUUCGAACCCUUGACCUCUGUGAUACCGGCGCAGUGCUUUACCAUUUGAGAUAACAAACCAACUGGGAGCAGGUUGAACCAAUUCAAUGACCUUCUCGCAGUGUGUGUGUUAGCUCACUUUGCAGAGCGCCAGGCUGCUCUCGGUCUCCUCUUUUUUUGUAAGGUCGCCAUGAUCGAGUGCUUACCAGUAUGAGUGGCCAUCUACAUAUGUGCUGAGGGGGUGGGCAUUGGAGUUCAUCGUGGUGGUGGAAGGGAGUUUUUCUCGCCUUCUCCCAAAACGUUCCCCAUCCCUUAAGUGGGUUUGACACUCAUCUUAGGUUAUACUCGGAACAUUCAUCUACAUCUACAUUUAUUAAGUUGAUAAAAUCUUGUAAGACAUCACAUAAACAUCAACAUUUUAGACCAAGAUGGCUGCCUGUAACCCAUAGCGCUCGAUCGACCUUGACGAUUUUACGGAAAAAUUAGGGACUGUGAACAGUCCAGUAGAACGCUGCCCCGGUAUUGCAGAGGUCAAGGGUUGGAAUCCUGUACAGGGCUGAGUAAGUUUUCUCAUCUGGUGUUCUUGUCCCCUUUACUUUUCUCAGGCAGCUGAGCAGAUCAAGUUGCUUUACAAACUCUUCCUUAAAGUCGAUGCAACACAGGUGGAAAUCAAUCCUUUUGGAGAAACACCCGAUGGAAAAGGUACUCCCUAAGCCCUUAGAGUGAUCAGCAUCAAAUUUCUCCUUGAAAUGUCAGUCACUUUAUAAAACAGAUUGGUGACAAGAAUUAAGGCCAUCAUCACAACAGAAAUGACGAGUUUUAAAUACUUUAUCAACUUCUCCCCAAUACUUCAGUAGAAAACUUAAAGGGGCACCAAAUGAUGGGGAUUUUAAUUUCGGUAUUAGGAGUCAUAGGGUUAAGUUUCACCUAAAGAUGUUCGUCAUUCCUUUUAAACUUAUCUCCAAUAGAAAAGUGCGAGGAAGUUGUCUGAAAAGUCUGUGUGAGCCGCAACCGAAUGCAGAAUGUAACCAUAACAACGCUGUGAAUGGCAACCAUCUUGCACCGUAAACCUGCAUUUCUCAGUGGAAAAAUUUAAUACUUACCCAAAGACAUACAGAAAGAAGGGAGGGUGGGGGAACUAAAAGGCUUUUAGCAAUCGGACGUGACAGCCAACGUAAGCGAAAUAAAUAAAUUUACUAAUAACUGAGGUCCUGAGAAAGUCCUAGGACCACCCCGCGUUCAUUAGGGAGUUAAAACAGAAGCGUUUUUGAGCGGUUCCCAUUUGAUUCACCUUGACGCUACCACUUUUGAAUUGUUAAGUGAAAUUUGAACAAAACCACUGCCCAAAAAUGUAACUGAAAAUCCAUUUCGGAUUGCCGUCUGUUGCUCAAAUUGCGUUUGCUUACGCUACUUUAUUCAACGAGAUCCUGCGUUGUCUCUUGCUUAGCGUAGGCUGAGUGUAGGCCCAUUUUAAUUUCAGUAGACCUUAAAGUAGUUAAGUAGUUUGAAUGAAGGGAAAGAAAAAAAACUGUGUUGUGCCUCGUUUUUUAAGUGGUGUGCUUCGACGCCAAGUUUAACUUCGAUGACAGCGCCAAGUUCCGGCAGAAAGAAGUGUUCGCCAUGGAAGAUCACAGCGAGAGUGACCCUCGUGAAGUGGAAGCUGGAAAAUAUGACCUCAAUUAUAUCGGCCUGGACGGAAAUAUUGCCUGUCUCGGUAAGAAAAACUAUCGGUGAUGGGAAAGAAUGCUCAAUGAUGCAUGAUAGGGGGACAGUGCUUCACGCUAUUCGCUUUAAUUUACUUAGGGAUGUGGGUAAGGGUGAGGGUCUCGAAUAAGGGCGUGGCCAUUGCGAGGUACUAAUUAUGAUGAUGACGACGAUGAUGAUGACGGCGACGACGACGACGACGACGAUGACGAUGAUGUCGAUAAUGAUUAUGAUGGCUGCCCACACCCCCCCCCCCCCCCAAGAAGACUGUAAAACCUCUUUAAUAAAGGACAAGGGAAAAGGAAUGGGCCAAAGCCCGGCCCCCCCCCCCCCCCCCCCCCCCAAAAAAAAAAAAAAAAAAAAAUGUGAGUUACGGUUGGAAAAUAGCCGUUUGAAAAACAAAACACCUGGACGCCGGGCCACUUCCCCCAGGGAGCUCGUCACUUUCUUUGCUACGCAGACUUGUCGUUCGCAGGGGUGAGUACAACAGUUACUUUUAUCUUUAUACUGUCCUCUUUAGUGAAUGGUGCUGGAUUGGCUAUGGCAACUAUGGACAUUAUCAAACUCCACGGGGGUACCCCGGCUAAUUUUCUGGACCUUGGGGGAGGUGUACAAGAGGAAGGAGUGUUUCAAGCUUUCAAUAUUGUAACAAAGGAUCCGCGGGUAAGUAUAAGACCUGUUAACCCCUUCUCUCCCAAGUUGAAUGGUGGAGCCAGUCUAUUAUGUUGGCUCUAUAUUUUGAGUCUUUGGGCGAGACCCAAUGUUGUGACCAGUCAAAUGAAGGCUACUGAGCAGUACUUUCCUGUGGUACUGUUUGUAAUGCUUUACAAGGUGGUUCUAACUUUUGAGUCUGUGGAUGAAAUCCUAAAGUGUGACCAUUUAAAUGAAAGCUACUGAGCAGUACUUUCCUGUGGUACUGUUUACAAUGCUGUACGAGGUGGUUCUAACUUUUGAGUCUGUGGAUGAAAUCCUAAAGUGUUACCAUUCAGAUGAAAGCUACUGACCAGUACUUUACAGCGGUACUGUUUACUGUGCUGUACAAAGUGGAUCUACUUUUACGUCUGUGAAUAAAAUUCCUGCAGUGUGACCAUUCAAAUAAAACGUCCCUUUAGCCGCUCUUUCAAACGGCGCCCUUUAUUUUAGAGCAUUAUUUUUUCACAAAAUGGAAUUAAGAAAUUCUAUCGAACUGCUGCCGCUGCUAUUGUAUGCUCCACGCUGCACGACCUGAGUAAGUAUUUAAAAUAAUUUUUUUCUCCAAUACUCUUUAAUGUUGUUGCUUUGCCACUGUUUUCGCUCAUAGGUCAAGUCAAUUAUGGUGNGUAUGCUCCACGCUGCACGACCUGAGUAAGUAUUUAAAAUAAUUUUUUUCUCCAAUACUCUUUAAUGUUGUUGCUUUGCCACUGUUUUCGCUCAUAGGUCAAGUCAAUUAUGGUGAAUAUAUUUGGUGGAAUCGUUGACUGCUCAAUUGUCGCGAAUGGAAUAACUUCUGCUUACAAAAGACUGAACGUACAAGUUCCUGUGAUAGUGAGGUUAGAAGGUAAGUGUGAAUUAGAUAAAUAGAUAUUUUUUUCACAGAUAAUGUACGCGUGUUGUUUGAUUUGAAAACGGGUUUGUUUUUGAAGGCGUGGUGCUGCCAGCUUUGAUUUUAAAUGCGGAGAAAGACUGGGGAGAGUCUGAAGAGGCUAAAAUAACCUGUGGGGGAGGGAGAGGGGGGUUAACAGGCAUUAUUGAAAAGGUGGAUAACACUAUUUCGUGUAUGUCUAGUGAAAACGAAGCGUAAAUGUGAAAAUAUGAUCGUGACUGACUGAGCUAAGCGUUAUACGAUGUCUAGGGGGCUUAAGCUUCACAAAUAAUUAUAUCACCCCACUUGUAACUAAAUGGCAAGAUACUUUGCUUGGUCACAUUCUUUGAAAGUCUAAAAGAAAGAUUUGCCGCGCAUUUGUAUCACGAGCUGAUUUAACCGAAAUUGAUGGUAAAUAAUUUAUGGCUUAUCUCCCUAUUUGUUCUGUGAAAAGAUGGUGUCGGUAUUGCGCAAAGAUUUCCAAUACAGAUCAGUGCCAUGGCAUACAGCUAAACCUUGUCAUGACCAUUAAGUAUUUGAUAAUUAGGUGAAAUGGUCUUACCUUGAUUUUAAGUGGAUCAUAAGUUUGUAUUCAAAGAGGACAGACGGCAAAUUGUUGUUGCUCGAAAUAUGGUAGAGUCUUUCUAAGUAGCUACGACAUUAAGGUUUCCACCCGUCUAUUUUGUUCCUUGAACCAGCGUGUAAUUCCACUGCCACACAAAACAAAACAUGAAUCCCAACAAGUCAUCUUAUUGUCAUUUUUGUUCUGAUUUCUAGGAACGAACGUGGAAAAAGCCAAACAUAUUCUAACUGAGAGCGGGAUGCCGCUGAUCCCUGCAGAUGACAUGGAUGACGCAGCUAGGAAAGCCGUGAUUAGUCUGGUUGACUGAUGCUAUGGAUGUCGAUAGAACACAGUACGAACCUGCUCCAACGGACUUUCAAAACGUAGCGUUUGUAUGCCAGUUUGGCCUUAAAAGCCCUGAACAGCUAUCGGAGUGGGUCUUUUUAAAUUAGCACUGGUAUAUAAUUAUUAGGGGGUGAAGCGAAGUGAAGUGGGUACUUUGUCUUUUCAUGAAUUAUGCGCCCGUGUGCAGUCGAAUAGGAUAAGAUUUAAAGGAAAUAAUUCUCUAGAGUACCACCAUGUGGUUUAACUACUUGAAAAUUACAGUCAAACAAACUGAGCUAAAAAAAACAGUCUUGAUGCCAUUUCAACAUGAUUAAAAACGCCCGUUAGGGUGCAACUACCUUCGUAAUACUGAACAAAUUUGCCCAGCUGCAAGAAAUGCCGGUCACUAAGGCUACAUUCACACGAAAAUGGAUUGGCAUUUUGUUCAUACAAGAAGCGCCAGUUUGGCACGAUUUUUGUGGCUCAGCUGAUAUCCUGUGGCGACGCGACGAAGCUCUCGCGAAAGUGAUUAUGCUGUUUGCACCGUAUCGGUUUUGAGUUACUUUUUGUCGUUGCUGUUUAUACAAUAGUGCCGUGCACAAAAAUAAUUAUUGAUCCUGUAAAGUGUGAACAAAGACUCGACCUACCAUUGGUUGUUUCUCCACAUUCAGUAGCGUAUUCGCCAGCCUCGUUCCUAGGCUCUCUCUCCUACCUAUUCUCUCUCGGUCCUUAGCGACGGGUAGGAGAGAACCCUGGGAACGAGGUUAGCGUAUUCGCCACUUUAGUAACAAGAAGGGGACUGGAAGACUGCAAUUGUUUCUGGAAUCGUUACUGGGUACGUGCCUGUCAGCUGAUUUAGCA